AUGGAUCUAGAGCUCGAGCGUUUCUCUAGGCUGCUACGAGACUGUGGAGACUCGAGAGAUUUAGGGCGAGGACGAAAGCUCCACCGAGAGAUUCUUAGCGGUGGCGAGCACCUCAGGCACUGCAAGCUUCUCAACGAUCAGCUGAUACACAUGUACGGGAAAUGUGGGAGCGCCGUCGAUGCCUGGGACGUGUUCUGCGGGAUCAACGGCUCGGAUCUCCUUUCCUGGAAUCUCAUGCUCAGUGCAUAUGCUCAGAAUGGGCAACUGGGAAAAGCGAGAGAAGUGUUUGAACGUAUUCCACGGCGAGAUGUUGUUACAUGGACGGCUAUGAUCACUGCUUGUCAUUGCGGUAAUUCCUUAGAAAAAUCGAAAAACUACUUUGAUUCGAUGCCGGAAAGAAACGUAGUUACUUGGACGGCCAUGGCUACUGCAUUUGCCGGAGCUGGGUAUUUAGAAGAAGCCCGGAUAAUCUUCGAGAAGAUGCCCGAGUGGAAUCUUGUGACCUGGAACUCCAUGGUCGAAGCAUAUUGUUCCAGCAAUGAGUUGGAUGAGGCCAAGGUGAUCUAUGAUAGCAUGCCCCAAAAGACAAUGGGAGCCAUGACGUCGUUCAUUCGUGUUUAUGCAGAGAAUGGGGAUGUAGAAGCUGCAAAGAUUCUAUUUGAUAGUAUGCCUUACCAUGAUGAAAUUUCUUGUGUAAGCGUAAUGGCAGGAUUUGUAUAUGACUGUUCUUUAGACCGAGCAUUGUUUGUGUUCAACAAUAUACAAUACCAAAGUAUAUUGUCUUGGACAUCUAUGAUCUGGGGUUAUAUUCAGAUGGGCCACCUUGAGGAGGCAAAGGUGGUGUUUGACUCAAUGCCUCUCUACAAUGUGGUGGCUUUAAAUGCUAUGCUACAAAUUCAUGUUAUAAACAGAAGUGUCAAGGAAACAAAGCACGUAUUUGAGCGAAUGUGUCAAAAGAAUCUAGUCUCGUGGACUUUGAUGCUUUUGGCAUAUGCCCAAGAUGGUUAUUUCUUGGAUGCUCAGAGAUUGUUUGAGAAGAUGCCAGAGAGAAACGUUGUAAUUUGCAGUGCUGUGAUGGAAAUGUAUACCCAAAUGGGGAGUUUGGAUCAAGCACUGGAUAUAUUCCAUUCGAUGCCCAUUCAUAAUGUGGUUUCAUGCACAAUAGCUUUACAAAUCAGAUCCUUGUUAGGUAGCAGCAUUGAGGAUCUUAGGGUGAUGCUAGAAAGAUUUCCCCAGAAAGACAUUGUUUCACUUAAUGUAAUGCUCGCUGAAUAUGCCCGAAGAGGCUCUGAUUUGCGCCUAUGGCCGUUGUGCGCAAUGCAGAGAAGCCCUAGAGAUCUUCCACGAGCUGGUUUCCAGCGGAAUCAAUCCCGACGCAAUCACCUUCUUGAGUUUGCUCUUUGUCUGUAG